GUGACAAUCUUUUGGCGGCGGAUUUUUGCCUGUCUACGGGUGCGUAUGCUAGGGCGGCGCUAAUUACGCGAUGGCAUCCGCCAUCGGGAAUACCGUUUCGGGCCUAGUGUUGCUGACUAUCCCCGAAGAAAAUCGGCGUUUAUCGGGCUUAGAAUGGCAACUGCCUCACGGGCCGACGAGCUUCGCUAGGGCAUAAAACCCCCGAUGCCCCUCGGCCCAGCUCCUUUGCCUGGAUUGGCCGUGCCAAUCCUCUAUCUCCAGCUCGGCCCUCGGACUUACUCCGCUGUGACUCAGUGCCACCAAACCAGCCGAACCCUGCCAGCUACUGGCUGUCACCGCCCUGCACCGUGUGGACUGCCACUUGCACCGUGUGGACUGCCACUGCCCUGCACCGUGUCUCGUCUCGUCUUUCUGAGUCUGGCACGCCGCACCAGUGCCGCACAGCGUGCUGUAUCUUAUCUUAUCCCACUUGGACCCCUGCAUGAUCCGGCUGUGGGGAUGGAUUUAACAUCAACUGAGUCCAGCUUAAAUCCCAUUUAUGAGGAAUUUCGACACCUUUCGUAUUUACGGGGGCUGGUGCGUGGCCCCCAUGUCGAGUUUAUCUCAUUCGAGUCAUCCCAAUCCCGCAAGCCAUGCUCCACUGGCGAGAAAAGGUGUCAAUAAAGUUCACAAACGCUUAAAUACCCCAGGCAAGGAAAGACAGUCACAGUGCCAUGCAAUGCAAGAACGGUUGUUUUCCACCACCCGGGCUUUCUCGGACCUUGAACUGCGGCCCAAACCUUUAUCAGGACGACUGUGCAUAUAACCUUUAUCACGACGACUGUGCAUAUCUCACAGACUCACAGUCUUUGCAGUGCUCUUCGACGAUUAUUAUCGUUGUGCUCUUGUCACCGUCCGGCUGCACAUAAUCACAUCCCCGCCUAAUCUUCCGCUUACCGCUUACCGCUUACUUCCAGGUAGGGUAGGGCCACAAAUCAGUAUUCGCUCCGCUGAUAGGCGACGAAUAGGAAAUAAAAAGCAACAACAAC